AUGCUCCUCGACUUCCUCGUUCUCGGGCUCAUCGUCGUCGCUCAGGCGUUAGACGUCGUCACACCGUACAACAACAAAGUCGUAUUCUCACCUCCAAGCAAUUGGCCCAUCCCUCGCACCCUCUAUGCUCGCUCUCUUCUCAUAGCCCAAGAUGGUGCGGACAAAAAUGUCCUCCUCGCCACCUGGGAAAACUAUUCUCCUCAACCGCCCAACGUCUGGUUCCCCGUUUACCGCUCUACGGACCUUGGUCAGACUUGGAAGCCUCUCUCCAACAUUACGGAUACGCAGAAUGGGUGGGGAUUGAGGUAUCAACCGUACUUGUAUGAGCUCCCAUCAGCGAUUGGUAACUUUCCGGCCGGGACUAUCAUCGCCGCUGGGAAUUCGAUUCCACAGGAUUUGAGUCAGACGAGGAUCGACGUCUAUGCAAGUACAGAUAAAGGUCGGACGUGGAAGUUCGUGAGCCAUGUCGCUUCAGGAGGCCGUGCUGAUCCAGUGAACGGGGAAACUCCCGUAUGGGAGCCAUUUUUCUUCACUUACGAAGGUCAACUUGUGAUCUACUACUCAGAUCAGCGUGACCCUGAAGCUCAUGGUCAAAAGCUCGUGCACCAAAUAACAACCAACCUCAUCAACUGGGGACCCGUGGUCGACGAUGUUGCGGACUCUAAUCCCUCUGACCGGCCAGGCAUGACCACCGUGGCUGCCCUCCCCAACGGCAAAUAUAUCAUGACCUACGAAUUCGGCGGUGCCCCCGAAAUCAACUUUGCAGUUUAUUACCGCAUUUCGGAUUCACCUCUCACCUUCGCAUCUGCCACUGGGCACAAUAUAAAGGCAACUACAGGUCAACAAACUCAGAGCUCCCCUGUUGUCGUUUGGACUCCGUAUGGUGGUACGAACGGGACCAUCGUCGUGUCUGCUAAUAACAGUGGAGGGCUCUGGAUUAACAAGCAACUCGGAGCAGUAAAUUCACCCUGGACAUUUAUCUCUACGGGUGCGGCAGGUGGAUAUGCUAGGUAUCUUAAGGUUUUGCCAACGAGUCAACAAAUAUUUAUUGUGGUAGGGGGAGUCUUGGGUGGGUCUGGGAAUCAUGUGUUGGCUUCUGUUGUUAAUUUGCCAUAA